UUAUUAUCGCGGACAAGAAAGAAUCUGCGACACAAAGAAACCAAACAUUAUAACUGGUGAAUCUGAAACGUCACAUAUCAGAAGCAGCGUAAAUUUGAAAAAAACCGAACAGCUGAAAAAGCCAUCUCCCCAUCAACGACAACAUAAUUUUUCAUAG